AUGUAUUUACCAAGUAAUAAUAAUAAAAAAGAAAAUCAUUAUUAUAAUUUUUAUAUUGUUAAAAAAAAGAAAUUUUUUACAAUAUAUCCACCAAAAAAAGAAAAAAUUAUUGAUACAUUAUCAUAUAAAGAUUAUGACAAGUUACAAUUAUGUGAUCAUUGUAAAGAAUUUAUUAAACUGGAAAAAAACAAUAUUAAUAGCUGUGAAAAAAAAAACAAUUUAUCUUUUAUUUUGAAAGAUUUUAAUAUACCAGGAAGUAAUGAUAAGCAUUAUAUAAAUAUAAAUGCUACACUACCCUUUCGUCCAAAUAAUAUUAAUAUAGAAGAACCAAUAUAUGAAAAUAUAGAAGUUUUUAAUCAAGCAAAACUUAAUGUUAUUAAUUCUGCUAAAGCAAAAUGUAAAAAAUUAUCAAAUUAUACUACAUCUAUACCAUCAAAAGGUGUUUCAAAUCAAUAUCUUCGAUCAUAUAAUCCUUAUAUGCCAAUGUGUACUCCAAUAAUUAUUCCAUCAUCAAAUACCACAAAUGAAGCAAAUAAAAACGCAAAAAAUUUAAAACAAUGGAAGAGAGAAGAAAGAAUUAAAAGACGUAACAGGUAUAAUUAA